CACAUGCAUAAAUAUACACCCAUACAUGUGCCUCAGCUGACUGACAAAAGAGCAGACAAAAAAGCUCAUUCAUUGUCGUUCUGCCAGCUGCUGACUGGGCCUACGUGUUGGACGUCUUGGAUAAUUCUCAAGGGACCACUGACAAAAAAAAUAACAUCAUGCCGGAAACUUCUAAUUGAUUGGAUACAGCAUUGAUGGGCCUAUUAGAUAAGCCUGUGAUUGGCCAGGGACUGUCCAGCCCUGAUCCACUGGUCCGAGAGGCCUACCUGAUGGCUUACGAUUAUAUUAACUAUGUAACAGCCAAACCGGACACACCUCUUGGCCCGGCGCCGUCUCAAGCCUCAGCGGCGCUGCGGCACGCAGGAGACGAGCUCCUCCAACGCUUCCCGAUCUUCUUCCGUCGCUGGCCACGUGUAUUCCGGGACGUCACAGAGGACACCGCGUGUUCUACGCUGCUGUCCAUCCUGGAUGAGCACUUCUCUCAAGCGAGGCGCAGGGACCUGGCCUGGAGCGCCGUACUGUCCGUGUUUGUGCUUGCUGGUCAGAUGGCACUGCACUGCCAACAAAGAGGCAUGAACAGCGUUCUGCCCCAGCUCCAGCAGUCUGUAGGCAGCUUUGUUGAGAGAGUCAUCUGCCCUGAGAUCAGGGACAAGGGAGGAUGGUCAGGUUUUGUGGUUCGCUUUGGGGAGAAGCCGACUCUGGAGGGCCAGGUAAAGAAGGUGUGCUGCUGGAGUUUGCUCAUACUGAGCUUGGGGAUCAUGGCCUACUUCCUGUGGAAAAGAAGAAUAUUUUAGCCAACACUGCCCUCAUGUGGCAAAUCCAUGAACAUGCCAAGAAGACUUAGAAAAAUAUUGAGUGUAUUGUAUAACACACAUUACUCAACAGAGUGGCAAAAUAUGUUUGUCCAAAAAUAUUACAGUUAUCAUUCUGAUAUCCUCUUCACUAUGAUAAUAUAGAAGAGCUAGUGUUGCCUUGACAACUGUAAUUCAGGUCAAUCAUCUGCCUGAAUAACAUACAAAUGGAGAUCUUUAUUUAUGAAUUAGGUUGAAAAGUUAAUGUAAUUUUUCGACUUCGAGGGGGAGAAUGAAAAAUAAACAACAAACAGCAGUGUACAAAGUCCGCCUGUUUUGCUAAGCUUAACUAGCUCAAGUUGCUAGCAGCACCGUGUUUUCAGAGGCAGAUUAUUCACCAUUAGCUGUAUUAAUAGCUUUCUUCAUUAUGAAAUUUUCAUUUUUACUUUUAAUACACAUUUAGAGUCCAGUAGUCAUGUUUUCUGAACAGUAUUGUAAAUAUUUCCUUCAACUGGUAUUUUUGACUGUUGAAGUAUUUUCAGAUUUGAAGCCAUGAUUAGCAUUAAAACCAGAGCUUGUGUGCAACUUAAGUUCUUUAUUUUGUAUUAGGUUAAAAUUCUUCACAAAUCAUGGCAAUGUGCUGUUUUUAUGACUGAAAUGCCAACUAAUUUGGUUAGAAGACUUUAUUCAGGAGGAAGUGAUUGAAUAUCAAACAGCUGCCAGAGUUACCUCAGGCAAAGAGGCACCUCAAACCAAGUGACUAAGAAAAUGAAAUCCUUCACACUUUCAC